AUGCCUUUAAAUGAUGUCACUCCGAUUUCACGACUUGUUCGUGAUGAAAUAUUUGGUGGAGAUGAUGAUGAUGAAAUCAGUGAAUCGGAAGCAACUUGUUCAUCGGAUCGAGAGUACUCUUGGAACAGCGAAACCAUUUUAGAAAUAUUACGUAAAGACUUUCCUCAUAUUAUGCAACCCAAUACCCAUUUGAUUUCUCAAUUAAACUUGCCUGUGGAAAAAGUUUUGGAGUGGAAUUGCGUGGUAUCUUGUGAUGAAUUAACUGGAGGCGUCGAGAAUGAUAGUGUCAAAGUUGCCAUUUCUUUUUCGGCGAACCACAACGAUAAGGUCAUUGAACUUCCAACACAAUAUUAUGUUUUUAGAAUUUAUAACGAUCAAGAAAAAACAAAGGAAUAUAUCAAAUUCGAGCUUUGUACUUUGUUCUUUUUAGGACAAAACAGUUUUCCAGUACCCUUUGUCAUACUACCUACUGCAGAGCUUGUGGCAUUCGUUCAAAGCAAUUAUUCAAAAUUUCCAGAUAUGGAAAAAGCAGUCCUGGAGUAUGUCGAUGGUAGACUGUGUGCUCUAUUUUCAUAUGUCCACGGAUUUCAUGUUGACAAGGGAAAAAAGACUGUGAAUCAAGUAACGCAGAUAUCCAUGUUUCUAGGCUCAUUGCACAAACUUACACAAUUUAAUGGCUAUUCCAUGCUUGACAUGAAGGCCACUAUUCAAGACAUGGUUCAAAUGAGAUCUGGAGUAACCAAACUCACCUUUUCUUACAUCACAGAGGCUAUGCAAAGUGUGAUGGAAGAGAUUCAGACUUUGAAGUCGCAAGUGAUAACCCUCACCCAAGAAAAUUUUCCAAACAAGGGCUAUUCUCAAGAGAAAAUCGAUCAUGCCAAUCGGUACAACAACAAGGUUCUUUCUCUCUUGGACAAUCUAAAGAAUAUUUUGGAGAGCAAUGUUAAAGACUUAAAUAUUAUCGAAUUGACAGAAAAAGAAUUGUUACUUCCUCAUUCAAUUGUUCAUGCCGAUAUUCACGAGAAUAAUGUUUUAUUUACCAAGUCUCAAGAUAAUCAAGACGUGAUCAGUGGAGUGGUGGAUUGGGAUGACAGUCAAUAUGGGCCUCAAAUUCUUGAUUUCAUUAAGGGCUUUAUUUUUUGGUGCAUUUCAAAAGUUGUCACACCUGAUGUAGAUUAUAAUGAAUUUGAUUUAUUUGAUGACGAUCUCAUUCGCAUCUAUAAGUCUACUUACGAGCACUAUAGAGGAUUUCCAAUCUCUGAGGAAGAAAAAAAUCUCAUGAUUCCAUACUCUCAUUUGAUCAUUUGUGCUCAAGUGGACUUUUUUAUUCAUGCCCUUAAUGCAGAGGAACUGUUUGUAUUACCUAAUCAUAACUUGCAUGAAUGGGAAGAUAAAAAUUUUGAACCAUUUUGUGCAUUGACAUGGUUUAAUAGAAUUUGUCGAGAAUUGGUAAAGAAGAUUGAAUUAAUCCUCAAAUGA